AUGGAGGACUUUACGGAAAGCUACGCUUCAUCAGCUUUCGAUGAACCGCUCACCGAGCCGAUUUUAACAACAACUCAUCUCGUGAGCCAAGGAGAGGCUAGUACCACCUAUUGGGAUGACCUGUUGGACUGGGUUAGGUCUCAAGAGGGCCUGGAGAGUGCUAGCAAGGCGUCUUUGGGCUUGUUCGAAGCGUAUCACAUAGGAGCACAUGAUGGUAUGUUGUCCGAGGUCGUUGGGGGCACCAAUUGGGAUUGGGAUAGCCAGGAAGCAAAAUUGGGGCCAGUAGCCUUGAGGAGCUAUUCAACCCUCAGGAUACUGUCAGUAUUGCUCAGCAUCAAGCGGCAAUCCAAUCCGCUUUGCACACCGUCACCGUUGGCCCACCUACGCCACCAAUCGACACCGAAGGACUCAAAGCAGCCUCAGCUUCCACUCCUACACAACAAGACUUCAUCUUCCAUGGUGUUGACAACAGCAAUGACUACAUACCUCCAUUUGGCUAUGGGGAAGUCAUCUACAGAGACCCACCACCUGGUCACCAUUACAACCGCGCUCUAGGAGCUAGUCUGACGUCGUCGGAGCUCGAGAACAGUGGAGACUACAUCCCAUGCAUCACCAACAAUGCUCAGCACCUUCCACCUCGACCUACAGCCCCUCAGGCUAGUGGUUUCAACAGCACUGUCAACUGGGACAAGUUCAAGGAGCAGCUUGGUCACUGUGUUGACAUAGAUGACAUGAAAGCCUUCUUCAGAGCUCAUGGUAUCGAGCUAAAGCAAGCAGCAACUUCCCCCUUGACUCUUGCACAACCCACUCUCCCUAGAGUAAUCAAAGUUGAAGAUCACACUGUACGCCGCGACAGCAAGAAGUGCUACAUCAAGUACAGAGUUCUCUAUGAAGGACACCACCGCUCCAGCGUUCUCACGCCGUUGUGGCUGCCUUACGACGCUCCGCAUCCGGGCUUUGCAACUGCCAUAAGGACCUACUUUCAAGACAAAGACCGCUGGGUCAGCGACAGCUCUCUACGCCGCCUACAGAAGCACGACCCUAACUUCUGGAACACUUGUGGUUCUUUGCUCAAAUUGAUGAGCCACAAAGGUAAACGCUUUGAGCUCAGGGGCUGA